GCUCUCCUCAGACCAUGGCUCCAUGAGCAAAAACAUCUGAAGAAAAGCAGCAGCAGAGCGACCCGCGCCGAGGCUGGACCAGGCCGAGGCUGGAGCGAGGCAGGAGCCGGCGCGACCCCGGGGCUGUACGGGACCUUCUGUUUCAUCCACCCGGUGAACGGCGGAGGACAUGCGGGGACUCCUGCCUUUGUCCCGGGGUCUCUGCGCCCUCAGCCGCGCGGCACGAGCCCGAGCUGUGGGCUUCAGGGGCGGGUUUUACGGAACACAGUCAAUAAACAAGGCACAACCAAGCUUUGGUCUGUUGUUUGACAUAGAUGGUGUUCUUGUCCGAGGAAGAUUGCCAAUACCUGCUGCCAAAAAGGCCUUUUCUAAGCUGGUGAACUCACAAGGACAGUUUGUUGUGCCAGUUGUUUUUGUCACAAACGCUGGAAACUGCCUCCGACAAACAAAAGCAGCCCAGCUCUCACAUAUUCUGGGGGUACAGAUAGCACCAGAUCAGGUUAUAAUGUCACACAGUCCACUGAGAAUGUUCAAAAAGUACCACAACAAGUGUGUGCUGGUGUCAGGACAGGGGCCGGUCCUGGAAAUUGCAAAAAAUUUAGGUUUUAAUAAUGUGAUCAGUAUUGAUAUGCUCCGGGAGUCCUUCCCCUUAUUAGACAUGGUGGACCACAACAGAAGACCCAAACUUCCGUCCAGUCCCGUUGGAAAUCUUCCUAAGGUUGAAGCCGUGGUCCUGUUUGGAGAGCCGAUUCGAUGGGAGACCAACCUGCAGCUCAUCAUUGAUGUUUUGUUGACUGGUGGAAACCUCAGCAGUGUCCACCAGACGCAGAAGACGCCUCACUUGCCUUUGUUGGCCUGUAACAUGGACCUAAUGUGGAUGGCUGAAGCUCAUUCCCCACGGUUUGGCCACGGGACAUUCCUUGUUUGCCUUGAAAAUAUUUAUAAGAAGAUCACAGGCGAAGAGCUGAAGUACGAGGCUCUAAUGGGGAAACCUAGCGAGCUGACCUACCACUUUGCUGAGUACCUCAUCAGGUGUCAGGCCAUGGAGCGAGAGUGGAAGAAUCCCAUCACCUCACUGUAUGCCAUAGGGGAUAACCUCAUGACCGACAUUUACGGUGCCAACCUCUACAACCGCUACCUGGAGGAGAGAUUAGCCAGAACCAACCCAAAAGCCGUCGCGAAGAUCGCCACGGCCGCUGGAUCCACCGCCGCCAUUCCCGAAGUGGACGAGGUAGAAAACAUGUGGGAAAGUGAAUUCGCUCUGCCCUCCGCCACGUCCUGCAAGUCCAUCCUGGUUUGCACCGGCGUCUACAACCCGAAAGCGGAGGUGCCGACCGACGCCCACCAGUGUAUUAAGGAAACGGUUUUUCACGGGCAUCGGGACUUUCGGUUCGACCCUGCGCUUGUCGAGCCCGGGCACAUCGUGAAAGACGUGUUUGAAGCAGUUGAGAUUAUUUUUGAACAAGAGAAGUUUUCACCACAGUAGUUACCGUUGCUAAGGUUACUGAGGUUAGCGUGUUAGCGAUUGGGCGCCACUUUAAGCAAAAAGCGCUGGAGCUACACUGUGUUUUAACUCUAUAAUAAGAGGAGAGACUGAAUGCCACUGCUAACACAAAGACAUGUUUAGAAGACAUUUUAUUUCAGCUGUUACUGUCAGUUUUAUUUCGUUAUAGUUUUUGUGAUGGUGACCUCUCCAAAACUGCCUUAUUUUCCCCGAGUAUUUUUAGAACGAGAUCAUGUUUUAGAUUGUUACAGAUCCUUUAUGACCUUAUAUUUAUUGCAGUGUUAUUACAAAGCACAUUCGCCAUAGUCUUUUACACCUUUACGAUGACUUUUAUGCUAACACGCAGUCAUUUUGUUUACCCAUUCUGUCCUAAAACAUCUAUGCAUGAGUUAAUAUGUGCACUGUAUAUCAGUCGUUAAAUGUGCAAUAUUGUCCUGGUGCUGUCUGCAUUUUGUCUUCUUGUUGUGAGAAUCCAUAACAUCUUAGUUCCACACAGUGCUGAUUAAAUACAGUGCGAUGGAAACUCAA